UUCCUGCCCGGCCAGGCCCGCCCACCUGCGCUAUGACGGCCAGCGCUGAGCCGCCGGGACGGCGGCGGCCCGGGGUAGGGGUCGGAGUGGUGGUGACGAGCUGCGAGCAUCCUCGUUGCGUCCUCCUGGGGAAGAGGAAAGGGUCGUUUGGAGACGGCAGCUUUCAGCUUCCAGGGGGCCAUCUGGAAUUCGGUGAGACCUGGGAAGAAUGUGCUCAAAGGGAAACCUGGGAAGAAGCAGCUCUUCGCCUGAAAAAUGUCCACUUUGCCUCAGUGGUGAAUUCUUUCAUUGAGAAAGAGAAUUACCAUUAUGUCACUAUAUUAAUGAAAGGAGAAGUAGAUUUGACUCAUGGUUCAGAACCAAAGAAUGUAGAACCUGAAAAAAAUGAAAGUUGGGAAUGGGUUCCAUGGGAAGAAUUUCCUCCAGUAGACCAACUUUUCUGGGCACUCCGUUGUUUAAAGAAGCAAGGCUAUGAUCCAUUUAAAGAAGAUUUGAACCAUCUGGUAGGAUACAAGGGAAAUAAUCUCUAGGUGCCAAGAAGACUCCUUGAUUUUAUUUUUUAAAAGACAAAAAUAAGUUCUAGUUAGGGAAUGUAAAAUACAUACAUGUUUCAGAACAACUUCAUUUUAUCUAAAAAUGUUCCAUAUGAUUGCCAGUUUAUUUGCAUUCUCUUAAAUAUCUGCUUGGGAAGAUCUUUCUGAAAUAGGUCAUUGUAGUGUAUUUCAGACACAGAAUGUAGGAUAAAUAGGGAUAUUGUGGUUAAUCUGCUUUCCAUAUUUAUCUGUGAUAUUUCCUGUGGUUUGUCAUUACAGUUUGCAUGGUAUAAUUACAAUGGAACUUAUCUUAUAAGUGUUUCAGUUCAAAUUCAGAUAUAAUUUAAAUUCAAACAGUAUAUCUAUAGCAGGAUUUAUUAUGUUUGUUGAUUUCUCUUUUUCAUUAAAAAAACUUUUUUGGUACUAGAUUGUGACAACUUUGUAACUAGAGAGAACAGGAUAGGCCAAUAAGGCAUAUUUCCCAGGUUCGUGAUUGAGAACCUAAACUAAGAGAAGUGAGACAAACCAUCUAAGAUCUGUACCCUGCCAUUAACAUGCAUGUUGUUGUGAGUGUCUCACUUCCUCUGCUGAGAUCUAGUAGGCUUAUAUGUAAAAUGAGAGUACUUUAGGGCAGUGGCUCUUAAACUGUGGUCUAGGUGGGUCCUCAAGAACCUUUCAGGGUAUUCAAAGCCAAAGCUAUUAUUAUAAUACUAAGAUAUCAUUUAAUUUUUUCACUCUCAUUCCUUUAUGAGCAUACAGUGGAGUCUUGCAUAGGCUGCUUGAUGUGUGAUAUGGUUACAGACUAAGUGUUAAAGCAGAUAUAAGAAUCCUGCUUUUUAAUAUGAAGUCAGAUAUUAAAGGUAUUUGCAAAAAUGUAUGACACUGAACUCACUAAUGAUUUUUUUGUUUUAGAAAAAGUUAUCUUUCAAAAAAUUAUGUUAACAUAUAUUAGGUUUUUAUUUGAAAAUGAUUAAUAAAAAUUCAAAUUAUUUUGU